AUGCAUUAUAGAGUCAGUUCUCCUGCGCUUGGGCCGAUCAAUAACCAAGUCGGGGCCCCCGGACGCAGCCCAGAGCCCAGCCCCGCGCUCGCGGGUUCCCGGGUGCCCGGCCCGGCCCAUCCAUCACGCGGCCCCCGCUGCGCUCAACCCGGGCGGGACGAGCCCCCGCGAUCCGUCUUCGCCGUGAACUCUGCGUCCCCUCCUGACCUCGCGCUCAACCCGGACACACGGGGAGGUGCGAAGCGGCCUCCCGGGGCUCGGCCCGCUCCCCACCGCACAUCAAACGCUCGCGCUGACCCCGGCGCCUACCGGUCCCUGCACGUGCAGCGCGGCCGCGCGCUCCCGGGUCCGCAGCCCCCACCGCCGACAGGGCCCCGCAGGGCGCAGCGGGGCUGGGAAGGGGAAGUCGGCCAGGCCUGCGCGGCUUCCCAGGCUGUCCCGGCGCAGAGGCGGCCCCGGGCCUCCUUGGAAAGGAACUGUCCCCGUGUAUCCCGGCGAGGUUCGCUGCAGAGACACAACUGUCCAACCAUUUAUCACUCAGAAACGUUUUACUGAUCUUCUGGAAAUAUGUCAUCGUUUAGGAGUAUUAUAUAUCUUUCUAAAAUCACUCAAGAUUUAUGGUGGCGACUUGAAUUCCUUUAGAGCUAUCUGCUUCACACUUUUGAACACCAAAGGAAGAGAAAAGAUUGUAUUUUAAGGAAUUUAGACCAAUGGUUAUGAAGAAGCCAGAGACCAGAACAUAUCCUGAGAUUAGACACAAACAAAUGAGAAAAGAUGAUUGCUAAAAGCGAUAGGAGCCUUCUAGGAUUCAGCAGGACCCCACCCUGCCAGCCUCCCACCCUAUAUCGAAUCAUUUCCUUGCGUGUAAUGAGCCGUGGAAGUCCAGUUUUUACCUAAUCAGUUCUAUCACUCAUUGGCUUAUCCUACCUUGAGAUCCCCUAAAGGUUCUGGGGAAUGGUGAUUUCAAACUAAAUCGCUUACCAAGGCUGAUAUUUGAAUCACUAAAAAGGCACAGAAUUGUGGAGGGGCGUGCCUCUUGGAUGGACAAAUCUUCAGGAUAAAUAGAAGGAAUAUGUAGAAAGGUUUCACAACAGACAAAUCUGCAAUAACCUAUCUGAAAGAGUGAGUAAGCUCCUUAAAAACCACCCUGGCGUGAGACCUGUGUCAAUGUUCGCAGUGCCACCAUUCCCAUUACUCCUCCAGCAGAACACUUUCCUGGAAGUCCUGAGGAGCAUUCAUCAAAACAAAUGGGCUGCUUUCUUUGGGUGGGGGGGGGAUGCUGCCGCCCUUGGAGUCCAAGACACACACAUUUUCCCCUGCGACAUGAAGCGGUAUAAAGAAUGGUUGUCACCAUUCGUGACCAACAACCCACAAGGUUCAAAGUGUUCGCACAGGAUAAGAAUGUUGACAGCAUCCUUAGAAUAGACCCAAGCUAACUGGCCUUGGAAUUGAAUGCAGUUAGCCUCAUCAGCAAGAACCAAGGAAAUUCACCAGCCUCUGAAUUGAUCAAGGUCUUUGCUCAAGGAGAGAUUCCUAAAAUGCAAAGCAAAAAAAAACACUGAUUUUUUUUUUUCCAGGAUGGGUAGCUGGGUUCUCAUUUGAGCCCAGGUUUAUGAUGGAAGAACAUGAAUAAAGUUCCAACCCUCUUGAGAGCAGUUGAUGCCCAUAUAAGGGCAGUUUUCUUCUGGAGAAAGUCCCAGGGGACCAUCCAUUACCCCCAGGACAGCCACUUCUGUUUAGCAUGUACGCAAGGCUGCUCAGGGGAUAAUAGGACACUUGGGGAUGCAUGCCAUCAAUAAAACAAGGAUGUUCAACCCUGAAUUUCACUUUCCCUUCUUGCCCAGUUACUUAUUUUCCCAGUUCCCUGGUGAGACUAAUGCUAGCCUAGUUCAACAGGGGCAGAAUGAAGGCGAUGCUGAAGGUGAAGGCAAUGUUCGGUGCAUUUGUCCCAGCAAUUCAGCACAGAUACCUGCUUAGAUGGAAAAACACGGUUAGUGUCUGUGCCUCCAGAGUGUCAGGGAACAUUUUUAACUUAACCUGUUCAGUACUUCACAUUGCAUCUUUCAUCUGUGUAUAUUUGCUUCACUGUGAAGGUUAAGGGAGACAGAUGAACAUCUGCAGACAGACAUUCACAUGCCAAAAUUGUGAGCCAACAUCCAGACUCCCAAGAAAAGAAUGUGGGAAAACUGGCAGACUCUAGAAUUAUUCUCAACGUGGGUGAGCCCUUAGCAGGACCCUGAACUGGGUUGCUCAGUGACUAAGGGGAUCACCUCUGGCAGCUGGUGUUUGCCUGGGCGACCCCCAGAGAGGCUCUAUUUGGGAACUGUAGACGAUUAGGGGAUUUCCCUGUUGACAACUCAAAUGCCCUCCCAUCUCUCUCUAAUGCUUUCACCUGCUUGGGGGGCACCUCUAUCUAGAAAUACAAGAGUGGUGCCCAGGGAUCAGCUUAAUAUUUUUGACUCCAGUGUUUUUUGACUCCAGUCCUUGUGAUAGGAGCAGUCUUGAAAAGUCAACUCCAGGUGCCUGCAGUUAGGAUGGAGUCUGUCUCAGCCAGAGGCAGUGAUUCAAGUUUGCUCCCUUUUCCCAGUGGCUCUCCCCACUCCUUGGCCUAGAUGUCCCCAUGAACACUGCUGAAAUUCCAUAAGGAUGAAGAUAUUUUUCCAUUGUGUUCUCUGCUGAAUCCCUGAAGCCUAGCAUGUGUAAGAAGACACAGAAUGCAUAUUCACUGUGUGAGUACAUUUUAUCUUGUGGCAUCGAUGAUCCAGGGCCAGAGGAGCAUCCAGAAAAGGACAGCAGAGCCUCAGGUGCUCACCGGUGUCAAGGAAGUAACAGCAGAUACACUCGCCCAUCGCCAUGAGACUUGAGGGAGCUGAUCCACUACCAGGCUUGGCCUGUGGCUUGCUUUGCCCACAACAGCGUGAGGAGUGUGAUGUGCAGCAUAUCUGAGCAGAAGCUUUAAAAGCAAUUGUGUGCUUUGGUUCUUCCCCUUGUACUUCUCAUCUUCCAUGAAAAGGGCCUGUUCUCCCAGAUCUCUGCUCCUUAGCCUGAGUCUGGGAAUGAGAAGACACACAGUGUCACAUUAGUGAGACAUUUUAAACAAGAAAGAAGUGCUCAUUGUUACAAACUGCUGAGAUUGGGGGGGCAGGGGUGUUGUCACUAUGAGACAUCUACUACAAUGUGAUAUGGGCUCUAGGACAAGGGACAUGCACUUCAUCCCUUGUCACAAUGAUUUUAAAAAUCCAUUACUAUGCACAGGACUUGGAGUGAUACAGGCAUCAGGCAGACAGGAUAGCAAGUGCACUGGGAUGCUUCCAAAGUUUUCAGGGAUUUCAACAGUCCUAUCAAUUGAAGGAAGAGUGAUCCUCCACCCCAUGCAAGGGCAUUAUUAGUGUGAAACUCCCAAGUGCUGUAUCCUAAACAUACCCCCUUAAUAAUGGAAAGAAAUCCUCCCUCCUCUGUGUUAAUUACAUAAACUAUAUAUUAUUCAUCAGAUUUCUAUAUAAUAUUGCUUCUACUUGUAUGUGUAAUCAUAAAAUAAUUCAUAAAAUUUCAGGUCAAGGAAGGAAAAGUAAAUAUUCCAUUUUUAGUCCUGACAUGGACACCCCUAAUAAAAUGUAGUCACU